AUGGAAUUUGAUUCUGAACAGGCUGGUAGAAUUGCUUACAACUCGUAUGUGCGGAGGGUUGGGUUUAGCACCCGGAGUAGCGUGCAUCAGAGGGAGGAAAUGGUGGGCAAUGGCUGCCCCACCCGAUGUGAAAGAAGAGAAGAUAAAAAAAAAAAGAAAAAAUCUGCUGCGGACCGCUCGACGUCGCCUACGGACUGCCCGGACCUCACCAACUUCGACCAAGACCAGAGCCACCUCGAUUCGCCGGAGACCGUCAUUUUCUUAAAGAAAGAAGGAACCUACAAGGGAAAGAAAUUCAAUGGCAUCUGCCACUUCUUCGGUUAUCAAGCUCGUGGAUCAUUGCCAUCAAAGUUUGAUUGUGACUACGCAUAUGUCCUUGGUCAUAUAGGCUACCACAUACUUGCUGCAGGUUUGAAUGGUUAUAUGGCAACUGUAACUAACCUGAAGAACCCUGUGAACAAGUGGCGUUGUGGUGCUGCUCCUAUAACAAGCAUGAUGACCGUUAAGCGCUAUGGUCGUGGCCAUGGGGCUGCAACACUGGGAAAACCGGCUCUGCAUCCAGCAGCUGUGGAUUUGAAGGGCAAGUCAUACGGGCUGCUGAGACAAAAUGCAACCAAAUUUUUGAUGGACGACGUCUAUAGAAACCCAGGACCCCUUCAGUUCGAAGGUCCUGGGGCUGAUUCAAAGCCCGUAACCCUGUGUGUUGAGGACCAAGAUUACAUGGGUCGUAUCAAGCAAUUGAAGGAACACCUCGAUAAGGUGCGUUCGAUAGUGAAACCAGGGUGUUCUCAAGAUGUUCUAAAAGCUGCUUUGAGUGCUAUGGCUUCUGUGACUGAUAUUCUGUCCGUGAUAUCCUCACCUUCAAGCGGGAGCACUCCCUACUAAUUAUUCUCACGUCCUUCCUUCGAACUCUUGCACACUAAAUUGGGAUUUUACAGAAUCUGUUCAUCUCUUUUCUCGUUUUGCAUGCGAAUCUUAUGUAGGAUUAAGGAUUAGACUAUGGUAAUAAACUUAAUUUUGUUUCUGUAAUUUUGUCGUCGAAAUAAUGUUUGAGAAUUGCCUCUGUGAUGUAACGCAAAGAUUUUUGUCUAAGCUGUGAAGAGAAUGAAUUAUGGUUUAGAAGGGAGGAUUACCGUCUCAUAUUAGUUAUUAA